UCUCACACUUGCCACAAUAUAGAGGAAGACAGUUUUUCUUUAGAAAUUUUGUCUUCGUGUGCAAAAAUAAAAAAUUAUAUAUUAAAGCCCUGCAUUGUGAAGUCAUCCAAUAAGAAACGUAAACGACGUCAACAGUCUCGAACUAUGAAUCCAGGGGAAGUAACCACGACUGAAAUAAACACGGAAAUUCAACUAGAGGUUAAGCUAGAAACAGAAUCCAUAGUAAAAGUUGAAACCAUUAAAAGUCCCAACAAUAAGACAUCUACAACUCCGAACCAAAACACUCUGCCACAUCAAAGUCCUGGUUCAAGGGAUACUGAAAAGAGUCGGGAGGAAAUAAAAGCGGAGCGAGAAGCUAAAAAAUUGGCAAAACAGGCGAAGAAAACGAAAAAUACGUCAACGGCAGUAGAAACUAAUAAGGCGCCAGUGUCCGUGCCACAAAGUGUCACACCCGAUAAUAGCAUGGAAUCAAAGGAUGCAGAAAAAUCCAGGGAACAAAUAAAGGCUGAACGAGAGGCAAAGAAAUUGGCCAAACAAGCUGCAAAAGCAUCUAAAUCAGCCGGUACCACUGCGACAGUGGAAAAUGUUACCGGUCAAAUGUCAAAAGCAAAGCUUAACGAGGAAGCAACACAAACGAAAGCUACGAGUAUGGAAGAAAGUGCCGCAUCUCAAGGAGAUAAGAAAAAGCCAGCGCUAACAAAAGCCGAACGACGCGCCAUCCAAGAAGCCCAGAGAGCAGCUAAAGCCCAGGCUCAAGCACCACAAAAGGUAGCAGGCAACAAAAGCGUUCCAGCGGCUCCCAAACCUCCCUCCUCAAAAACAACACCGUCUACCAAAACUUCGAAAACCGAAAAAAUAUCUCCAGCCAAGGCUGCUGUCAGUAGUCCCAAACGCGCCGCCAGUACUUCCCCUGUUAAAAGUGUACGCUUUAACGAUGGAAAUGUUAAACUGUUUAGUCAUUUGGAAAGACCAGCAACAAAUGUCAAUCUUUUUGUAAAUAAUCCACAAAUACAUCCUACCGUAGCAAGAUUGGGCGAGCAGUACGCGAAAAGGGCUAUUGUGGGUUCCAAUGCUAGGUGUAUGGCCUUCUUGAAUGCCAUGAAGAUGGUUGUGCAAGAUUUUGAAACACCUCCCAAAAAGGAAUUUGCUCGUAGCUUGGAGUCGCUUUUAAGCAAUUGUGUGGAUUAUUUGCAAAAGUGUCGCACCUUGGCGGUAUCGGUGAUAAAUGCCUACAAAAAUCUUAAACAAGUGCUGAUGCAACUGCCCAACGAUCAACCAGAAUCAGAAUUAAAGGAAAAGUUAUUCACAUUUAUUGAUACUUACAUUGAAAACCAAAUUGGAAAAGCAGCCCAAGCCAUCAAUUCCAUGAUGCAGAAGAAGAUUAACAAUGGCGACGUUAUACUUACAUUUGGAUGUUCUUCUUUAAUCUCAUUCAUUUGCGAAGAGGCACAAGCACGCAAAGUAGAUUUUCGUGUCAUUGUUGUGGACUCAAGGCCCUUCUGUGAAGGUCAAGAGUUAUUAAGGCGUCUAACUGCCAAAGAGAUACCCUGCACAUAUGUUCUAAUCAAUGCCGUGAGUUUUGUGAUGCCUGAGGUUACCAAAGUAUUGUUGGGAGCACAUGCCUUACUGGCUAAUGGAUAUGUUAUGGCUCGAACUGGCACAGCUCAGGUGGCUUUGGUAGCACGUUCCUUCAAUGUACCCGUCUUGGUCUGCUGUGAAACACACAAAUUCAGCGAACGUUUCCAAACGGACGCUAUCGUUUACAACGAACUGGGAAAUCCUGAUGAUAUUGUGGUCGAUGACAAAUGUUGUCUAUCAAAUUGGCAAGCCAAACAUAAGAUGUCACCAUUGAAUUUGAACUACGACAUUACACCACCUGAACUAGUAACAGCGGUGGUAACAGAAGUUUCUGUCUUACCUUGCACCAGCGUACCCGUUAUAUUGCGUAUGAAACCCGACUGGUCCAUUGGUUAACGGGAGGCGGUACUAUUGAGAACAAAAUAUGAAACAACUUGGAGUGCAACAUAAAGCUUGGCUUCAUUUGAAAUGUUGCCGCAGGUUAUUUAAUAUAUUCACAAUGUGUUGGAAUUCAGUGCUACAAUUUUGUUACUUUUCUUUUUUAUACAAAAAUAAAGCUUUUGACAAAUUGAAAAA